UGUUUGAGUUCGGUCAACUUGGACUUGGUUUUGACAAAAUCAGUUCGAUGUAUAGCGGGACCAUAAUUGUUUCUUCCAAAUGGAAGUAAAAUAAUCUCCCAACUCAGAUUAAAAUAUAAACCAAACAGAUCAAUCAUUCAUUAAACCAUCUUUCAACCAAACUAUGAUGCACUCUUCACUGGCUACACAAAUAACACGCUCACUUACCUACUUCUCCGGUUAACCGGCGAUGCACACCUCCGAAGCCUGUGGUGAUGGCCGAACGAACACGUGCCACGUGGUGGCGAUGCCGUUUCCGGGAAGGGGCCACAUCAAUCCCAUGAUGAACCUCUGCAAAACCCUAGCAUUACGACAACCGAAAAACAUCCUCAUCACCUUCGUCGUCACUGAAGAGUGGCUCGGAUACAUCGCCAGCGAGCCCAAGCCCGACUCGGUUCGCUUCGCCACCAUACCCAACGUGGUGCUGAGCCGCCGGUGAGGGCAAUCGUCGGGUGUGUGGAGCUGCGGUGGCCCGUAGCCGUUGCGAAGAGAAGGAAUAUUCCGGUGGCUGCGUUUUGGACUAUGUCAGCGUCGUUUUACUCGAUGCUGCAUCACCUUGAUGUGUUUGCACGACAGCAGAAUUUGGUGGCUACUUCUCUAGAUGCAGAAGCUGAGAACAUCCCAGGAAUUUCUUCAGUUCAUUUGGCAGACAUUGAAACGGUGUUACAUCAGAAUGAUGACCAAGUCAUGCAGCUUGCAAUGGAGUGUAUCUCAAAGGUUCCAAUAGCAAAUUACCUUCUACUCACCACAGUCCAAGAGUUAGAACCAGAAAUAAUUGAUUCUCUGAAAGCUAUAUACUCUUUUCCAGUCUAUCCUAUUGGCCCUGCCAUACCUUAUUUGGAGCUAAGAGAAGAUUAUAACAUUGGUGAUCAUAGCCCUGACUAUGCAAAUUGGCUAGAUUCUCAACCACCUCAAUCAGUGUUAUACAUUUCUCUGGGCAGUUUCCUCUUAUUGUCUAGUACCCAAAUGGAUGAAAUCGCCGAAGCGCUAAACAGCAGUGGAAUUCGUUACCUGUGGGUGGCUCGGGCAGAAGCUUCUCGGCUGAAAGACAAGUGUGGAGAAAAGGGUAUGGUGGUGCCAUGGUGUGACCAGUUGAAGGUGUUGACUCAUCCUUCCAUAGGUGGAUUCUGGAGCCAUUGUGGAUGGAAUUCCACACUAGAAGCCCUGUAUGCCGGCGUGCCAAUGCUUACAUUCCCUCUUUUCUUGGAUCAAGUUCCCAACAGCAGCCAAAUUGUAGAUGAGUGGAAGAAUGGGUGGAAGGUAGAGACAUCAAAUUUGGGGAGUGAUAAGCUGUUGGCAAAGGAAAAGAUAGAGGAACUGAUUAAGAGGUUUAUGGAUCUUGAGAGCAGAGAGGGAAUUAAAAUCAGAGAGAGGGCAAGAGAACUUAAGGUUAUGUGUCACAGAGCAGUUGCGAAUGGUGGAUCAUCUGAUGAGAACCUAGAUGCAUUUCUAAGAGACAUUUCAAGGCCAUUAGUGGAUUGAAAAAUGAAAAUGCAUCUCUGCCUCCGUAGUCACAUAAAGCAAUGGUGUUAAACUAAGGUCUGAAUUGGAGACUCUAUUCUUAUACCAAUUGCAAAUUUGGGUGUAUUUGACAUUGUAAAAUGCCACACAAGUGAACUUGGAUAUUCUGUUAGCUGUAUUUGUCAUUGUGCAUUAGCAGUUUGAAGUUUGCAGAUAUAGCACAGCAUUAUGAUUUGUGUGUGUCAA